GGUGCAGUGCGCUGCAUGUGGUGCUGAUGCUGCGUGCCCGCAUCUGAGCCAAGUAAGAAAAAAAAAAAGCCCCUCUGGAAGACCAAUCAGCGCGCUCAUCAGACUCCACCAUCCCUCUCUCUCCUCGCAAAGCACUUGUUCGCGCACGGUCUCCCUCGCACUCCUCCUAGUUCCUCCCUCCCACGCAUCCGACAGGAAGAUGGUACCGCGCACAUCAGCGCGUCCUGCCGCACCGGAACCGAAGGCGUCGCUCACCGACUCGCUGCGGGGCUUCUGAACUCUCCGCCAUGCCCGGUUACGCACGGCUCGCACUGGUGCUGCUGUGCCUGGCGGCGCUCGGGGACUGCAGGAGGCACAAGAGUAGGAAAAGGCGCUGGUCCGCGCCGACGGACACCCACAAGCCCGGCAGCCCUCUGUCCAAGAAGGUCUCGGAUGGAACCAAGUCGCGAAAGGUGAAGUCCAGCCACCUCCUGCGCAUAGACGAGCACGACUUCACCAUGAGGCCGGCCUUCGCAGGUCCAGCCGUCCCCGUCGGAGUGGACGUUCAGGUGGAGAGCUUGGACAGCAUAUCGGAGGUGGACAUGGACUUCACCAUGACCCUGUACCUGAGGCACUACUGGAAGGACGAGAGGCUGGCCUUCCCGAGCACCACCAACAAGAGCAUGACCUUCGACGGGCGCCUGGUGAAGAAGAUCUGGGUGCCCGACGUCUUCUUCGUCCACUCCAAGAGGUCCUUCAUCCACGACACCACCACCGAGAACAUCAUGCUGCGGGUGUUCCCAGACGGUCACGUCCUGUACAGCUUGAGGGUUACAGUGACUGCUGCAUGCAACAUGGAUUUCAGUCGUUUCCCUUUGGACUCGCAGACGUGCACGCUGGAGCUGGAGAGCUAUGCGUACACAGACGAAGACCUGAUGCUCUACUGGAAAAGCGGCGACGAGUCGCUGAGCACCGACGACAGGAUUUCUCUGUCCCAGUUCCUCAUCCAGAAGUUCCACACGACCUCCAGGCUGGCCUUCUACAGCAGCACAGGCUGGUACAACCGUCUGUACAUCAACUUCACUCUGCGGCGUCACAUCUUCUUCUUCCUGCUGCAGACCUACUUCCCCGCCACCCUGAUGGUCAUGCUGUCCUGGGUGUCCUUCUGGAUCGACCGCAGGGCCGUCCCCGCCCGAGUCUCAUUAGGCAUAACCACGGUGCUCACCAUGUCCACCAUCAUCACCGGGGUCAACGCCUCCAUGCCCAGGGUGUCGUACAUCAAGGCCGUGGACAUUUACCUCUGGGUCAGCUUCGUCUUCGUCUUCCUCUCCGUGCUCGAGUACGCCGCCGUCAACUACCUGACGACGGUGAGGGACGGUAAGGACCGCAAGCUCAGAGAGAAAGCCAGGCAACAGUCGGCAGCUCAGACGCUGCCCUGCACCUGCGGCAUGUCCCACUCCAGGACCAUGAUGAUGAACGGCACGUACAGCGAGGCCGACGCCAACAGCCUGGCGGGGUACACGCGGGGCUCCAUCGCGCCCGAGGAGUCCUCCGAGAAACAGGAGCACGUGGUGGUGGGCCUCUCCCUGGACAUCGAGGCCGCGGGGACCAAGAAGAAGGGCCUCCGAGGCUUCCGGAUCAUCCAGAACACCCACGCCAUCGACACCUACUCCCGCAUGAUCUUCCCCGGCGCCUACACCCUGUUCAACCUGAUCUACUGGUGCGUGUACUGCUGAGGGAUCUUUUUGUUCUCCUCGGAAGACGUUCAGGUGGAGCGACCAGGAUGGCAGAAGCGUUUCAGAGGCCUGCCGAGUGUGAAUGUCUCACAGACUCGGGCCCGCAUGUCUUCACUGGACGACUUUCUACUGCUUUACACGAUUAUAUCACAAGCUCAUUCUUAUUCAGUCCCCAUUCGAUCGAGAAAAGAAGAGAGAGAGACGUUUCCCCAGCUCCAGUCCAGCGGCUUACGAAAUCCAUUAGAUGCAUUCUUGUCCAAAAGGCUUUAAGUCCACAGAGGUGAAAACAGUCCUGACUGUCUGUGUCUCGCUAUUCUUUUUCAUGAAUAAAUGUUUUGCAGUUUGAAUAAUGAAAACUGCUGGGCAUGAGUAAGAUUUCAAAAGACAUGUAACUGCAAGAGAAAAAAUAACUGUUUUAGGAUUUUAGAGCCCCCCCCCCCCCC